GAAAUUUCGACCCGCGUAUAAAAUGUAGCCCACCCUUGGUCUAGUGUUCGCAUUCGUGUUACAUCCGUGUGCUAGAAAGGAAGUGUAACAACCCAUCCAGUGUACUUAGGUCGGUUUCGGGGACCUUCGGGGACAUCUUCUGUGUGUGAUAUUGCGAACACAAAAAAAAAGCAGUGAAGUGGAUCGUGAGUGUUUUUCAAAAGGAUCAGCCAUUCGUAUCGUUUGCCAUUGUGUUCGGCUACGAAGCUUAGUGAAGUGUAGAGACAAUAAUGGCUUUCCUGAAGCAAUUGCUACUAGUGACAGCAAUGUUAGUGCUGGUUGCUGCUCAAGAUCUCGCAGAGUCAAACACCAAAUCGCUGGUCGAUGAAGGGCGGCGAAGAAAGCGGUUCUCUAAAUUCUUCUUUAAAGCUCUCGGUCCUAUUCUGUCUACACUCACCACGGUGGUGCUGGUGAAGGCGAAAAUUGUACUGGUGGCCCUUUUUUUUGCUGGAAUCUAUUUCUUUGGGCACAAAAUAUUUCCGGGUGGAUUUUUCGGUUCAUCGUUCAUUAGUGAAACACCGCCACCGUUCCUCGAGUCGAGCCCCUACACCGGUUAUCAUGCGGCAGGACAUGAGAUCAUCUCCAGCUACCCCGGACCGGAACCAUUCUCCAGCUUUGAACCACCGUCCAGCAGUUACGGUUCUCCUUCGCCUACUUACGGACCACCUUCGAACGCUUAUCUACCACCAACAGGAGAUUCUUCGUCAUACUCAUCGUACUCGAAGUAUUCUGGCACUCGGCGCAAGCGUGAUGUGGAAGGUCGACAAACAACAGCCGGAAAUAAUCCUAAUGAGGAUGAUCUAGAAGAGAAUGAAAUGUACUGGACCGAUACGCUAACCGAUAUGACGUUCCGCUUCCUGGGAGUUAAUCGACGUGUCUGUCGAAAGCGAUUUGUGUGCGAGUUUGACUUCCAGGCAAGAAGGAACCCGAUUCUUCUUUUCGUCACACGUGCCAUUGGCCGGGAUGUAUUCCACAACUACCGUGAUGCUGGUGAUGAAAAAGCAUUAAGCUACAAAGAUUGUGGCCGCAUCUACGAGGAUUGUAAAGUUCCGAAAAGGAAAAAGUUCGUCCGUCGACCUGUUCGUCCUAUGAUGGGCCAGCAGCAAUUCCCUGCGACAAAUUCGAACGGGUACGAUGAUAUGCAGGAAAAUGAAAUUGAUUCAACCGGAUCCCAGCUGGAAACCACAACGAACCAGCCUUCCAUUAGUGCUAGCCGAAGCAAAUUGAUACUGCUUCCUAAGAACAGUAAUAAUCGCUUCCGAAGAAAUUAACCUUCAGUAGUUCUCCCAUU